AUGGCUCUCCGCUUCACCAACUCGGCCAAACCAUCUGGUAGUAAUUCCUCUACUAAUGAGGACAAAAUCACGAGCCUGGGCACUUCCGCUCUCAGCUCGAAGGAAAGAAUCAUCAUUGCGCUUGACUUUGGCACGACAUACUCUGGUGUUGCAUACUGCUUCGGUAGCUCUUCCGAGGCAAAGCCAGUCGUAGACUGGUUAGGCCUUGAAGGUCGCACGCAACCCAAAGUGCCCACUGCCAUUGCUUAUGACCCGGAUGACAGCUCAGAGUUCAAAUGGGGAGGCCAACUCUCCUGGCGAGAUGACCAUGUACAGGGCGUCAAGCUUCUUCUGGACCCAAAGCAGACUCGGCCAUCUUACCUCCCAUCCGCCAAUGUGAAGAGCGAAAUGAAGAAACUUCCCAAAAGUGCUGUCGACGUUGCAGCCGACUUUAUCGGAGCUAUGUAUAAUCAUGCUCUCGAGAGGAUUGGGUCUAGAGUGCCUCGAGACUAUCUUGAUUUAUGUGAGAAGACUUUCGUUUUGAGUUUUCCAGCGGUUUGGUCGGAAAGAGCCAAAGAGAGUACUAUACAGGCUGCGAAGAAGGCAGGGGUCUAUCCUGUAAUGCUCAUCAAGGAGCCCGAAGCAGCAGCUCUCUACACAUUCAAGACACAAGAACGAGCGUUGAGUGUUGGUGAUUGCUUUGUUGUUUGUGAUGCCGGAGGCGGCACCGUGGAUCUGAUUUCCUAUGAAGUUGUUGCAACUGAGCCGACCUUGGACCUCGCAGAGGCUGUCCCAGGCAGUGGUAACAUGUCAGGAUCACUAGGCCUUAACAAACGCUUUGCCGAGGCCGUCAAAAACCUCAUUGGAGAGGAGGAAUGGCUGUGCCUCAAAAAUACAUCUGCUUGGGCGAAAGCCGAACACCAGUUCGACCAAGAGAUCAAGACAGCCUUUGCGGGAGACUUGGACGAAGAGUAUGUUGUCAAUUUUCCAGGUGCUCAUCUACCAGAUGAUGAAGAUGAGGGUUUGCGAAGGGAUUCUUGGUUCAUUGAGACGGUACAAGAGAUAUUUGAGCCCCUGAUUGCCGACAUCGUUCGCUUGGUCAGGGAGCAGGUUCAAAGCGCUAUGCUGGAGCGCCCAGACCAACCUGUAAAGGGAAUUUUUUUGGUAGGCGGAUUUGGUGCGAGUCAGUAUCUCAAAGCCCGCUUAGAGGAAUCAAAUCCUGAUAUACAAGUCAUUCAACCGGAGGAUGCGUGGGCCGCUAUAGUGAAGGGUGCAGCCCUGAGCCGACUGUCGCAAACUAAUGUGAUAUCAACAAAAGCGACGCACCACUAUGGCGUCAAGGCAUGGUUUAUCUAUGAGCCUGUAACCGACAAAGGACAGCCAAUUAUAAUCGGCCGAGUAGACGGCGAGAUUAGGACCGAAAGAAUGGAAUGGUAUAUACGCAAGGGAGAGAACCUGAGGCGCGAUCGUGACGAACGAUAUUCUUAUAUAAGGCAUAUCCCGAGAUCGUAUACGAACAACGAUCUUCAGUUCGAGGACGAGCUGUGGAUCUCGGACACAGUGGCUGCAUCUACUCACCCCACCGGAGAAAUCAAGGUCACCUGCGUUCUGGAAAGUGAUUUGAGUUCGGUGAAUAAGUCACUAUUUAAGAAAGUUCGAGGUAUUGACGGCAGGAAAUGGUGGAAGGUCAGCUAUGAUCUUGUCAUUUCUACUAGGGAGGCUGCUAUGAAAUUCUGGUUAGAGUUUGAUGGAAAGGAGGCUGGAGCAGUGAUGGCGAAAUAUGAUUAG